AUGAACAUAUUUGGAGAUCAAGUGACAGAGGAGAAGGGGGAAAAUGCCAGGCUCUCAUCGUUUGUCGGCGCCAUCGCCGUGGGUGACUUGGUGAAGUCCACUUUGGGUCCCAAAGGUAUGGAUAAGCUUCUUCAAAGCAUGUCAUCAGCUGAAUCAAUGGUGACCAAUGAUGGUGCCACUAUUUUGAAAUCUAUUCCAUUUGAUAAUCCAGCCGCUAAGGUUCUUGUUAAUAUUGCCAAAGUACAAGAUGAUCAGGUCGGUGACGGUACUACAUCGGUCACUGUACUAGCAUCCGAGCUUUUGAGAGAAGCUGAAAAGCUAAUCGACCAAAAAAUCCAUCCUCAGACGAUUAUAGAAGGUUACAGAAUCGCCAGCAAGGCGGCAUUGGCCCAGCUUGUUUCCUUGGCUGUCGAUAAUUCGGAUGAUUCCGCCAAGUUUAGAGCAGAUCUAGUCAACAUUGCCAAAACUACGCUCUCCUCGAAGAUUUUAUCACAGGACCGUGAUUACUUUGCCAAUUUGGCUGUUGAUGCUGUACUCCGUCUUAAAGGUUCGACAAACUUGGAUCAUAUCCAAAUAAUUAAAAAGGCCGGUGGUAAGCUCUCGGACUCUUUCCUAGAUGAAGGAUUUAUAUUGGACAAGAGGUUUGGCGUGGGCCAACCAAAACGUAUAGAGAAUGCAAAGAUUCUCAUUGCCAACACUCCUAUGGACACCGAUAAAGUGAAGAUUUUUGGUGCCAAGUUCAAAGUUGAUUCUACCAGCAAAUUGGCCCAGUUGGAGACAGCUGAGCGUCAGAAGAUGAAGGGUAAGGUGGAGAAGAUUGAGAAAUUUGGUAUCAACUGUUUCGUUAACCGUCAACUCAUUUACGACUGGCCUGAGCAGUUAUUCACAGAUGCUGGUAUUAAUUCCAUUGAACAUGCAGACUUUGAUGGUGUCGAAAGAUUGGCUUUAGUUACAGGCGGUGAGGUUGUUUCUUCAUUUGAUGAUCCCGAAAAUGCCAUAUUGGGUCAUUGCAAGUCCAUUGAAGAAAUUAUCAUUGGUGAAGAUGUCAUGACUAAAUUCACGGGCACCGCUGCUGGUAAGGCAGGUACUAUUGUUUUAAGAGGCUCUACAGAGCAAGUAUUAGAUGAGGCUGAGAGAUCUCUCCACGAUGCUCUUUCUGUACUUACCCAGGCAACUAAGGAGACCAGAACGGUUCUUGGAGGUGGUUGUUCUGAGAUGAAUAUGUCCAAAGCUGUUGAACAGGCCGCACAGAAUGAAUCCGGAAAGAAGUCACUCGCCAUUGAAGCAUAUGGUCGAGCUUUAAGACAGCUUCCAACCAUUUUGUGUGACAACGCUGGUUUUGAUUCCAGCGAGUUGGUUUCUAAGCUUAGAUCGUCCAUCUACAACGGUUUGACCAGCUCUGGUUUAGAUCUAGAGCACGGUACUAUAGCCGAUAUGAGGGAUUUGGGUGUCGUGGAAAGUUACAAGUUAAAGAAGGCUGUUGUUUCUUCAGCUUCUGAAGCUGCUGAGGUCUUGCUAAGAGUUGACAAUAUAAUAAGGGCUAAACCUAGAACAGCAGAUAGAGGCAGAGGCCACCCUUAA